AAGUUCAAAUCUCUAAAGCUCUGAUACAAGAAUUUGCUGAUACUGUCGCGAGUUACUUUGUACCUAUAAUUAUUGGACUAGGUUUGCUUAUUUUGUCUCAAAUUAUGUAUUUCCGUUAUCAUAGUAGCAUGUCCAUGUGCUUUAGGUCUUUGUACACUGACGGCUGUUAUGUUAGAACUGGUAUUAGAACGCAAAAUGGAAUAUUAAUUAAAGGGGGAGGUCCACUUGAGGCAGGACAUAAGGUUACAAAAGUUAUUUUCGAUAAGACUGAUACGCUUACAAAAGGUCAAUUAGAUGUCACAUAUUAUGAAAUUAUAACGAAUAACUUGGAAUUGACAAAAGAAACUUUCUUUGCGAUUGUUGGAGCUGUUGAAUAUUCAAGUGAACAUCCUCUUAGAAGAUCCAUUGUGAACUAUGGAAAGAAAUUAUUGGAUAUUGAAACGUAUGAUGUUGACGUUUCGAUUUUAAAGCUAUUGUUAGGUUAG